CCCACAAUUACAAAACCCCCAAAUUGAAUUCUCCCUCCCUUUUUGCCGCGUUCAUCCAAACACACACACAACUCAGUGUAACCUAACACACAUAUGCAAAUGGAUCAAGAUCAGCAAUGGCUGAUCAAUUGCUUGAACGCCUCACUCGAUCCCAACCAUCAAAUUCGAAAUUUCGCCGAAACUUCUCUCAACCAAGCAUCGCUUCAGCCUGGUUAUGGCGUCGCUUUGGCUAGAGUUGCUGCAAACCGGGAACUUCCCUUUGGGCUAAGGCAGCUAGCAGCAGUACUGCUGAAGCAAUAUAUUAAGAAACACUGGGAUGAGGACGAGGAUGACUUUGAAAAUCCUGCUGUUGCAAGCAAUGAGAAGGCGUCUAUACGAGGACUACUUUUAUCAUCACUAGAUGAUCCAAAUAAGAAGAUCUGUACUGCAGUAAGUGUGGCUGUAUCAACAAUUGCACAGUAUGACUGGCCCGAUGACUGGCCUGAACUAGUACCCUUCCUUUUAAGUUUGAUCAGUGACCAGACUAAACUUAAUGCUGUGCAUGGGGCUUUAAGAUGCUUGGCUCUUCUUACGUCGGACAUGGAUGAUAAGAUGGUUCCAAAAAUUAUCCCAGUUUUGUUCCCAUGCUUGCACACUAUUGUAUCAUCUCCGCAGAUAUAUGACAAAUCUCUGAGGUCUAAAGCUAUUACAAUAGCUUAUAAUUGUAUCUCCAUUGUGGGGGUUAUGAGUGGAGUCUAUAAGACAGAAACUACUGCCUUCAUGUUACCGAUGCUCCAGCCUUGGAUGGAGCAAUUCUCAUUAAUAUUGCAACAUCCAGUUCCUUCUGAAGAUCCUGAUGAUUGGAGCACUCGAAUGGAGGUAUUAAAGUGCUUGAAUCAGUUUAUUCAAAACUUCCCAUCCAUACUGGAAACUCAUUUUGUAGUAAUUAUGGGGCCAUUAUGGCAAACAUUUGUGUCAUCCUUGAAAGUAUACGAGCGAUCAUCUAUUGAAGGUGUUGAAGAUUCCUAUGAUGGAAGAUACGAUUCUGAUGGCACUGAAAAGAGUCUUGAGUCUUUUGUUAUCCAGCUAUUUGAAUUUUUUCUGACUGUUGUUGGAAGCCCAAAAUUUGUAAAGAUAAUCAUGAACAAUGUGAAAGAGUUGGUAUAUUAUACCAUCGGUUUCCUACAGAUGACAGAACAACAGGUUCAUAUUUGGUCGGUGGAUGCUAACAUGUAUGUUGCUGAUGAGGAUGACAAUACUUAUAGUUGUCGUGUAUCAGGUGCUCUAUUACUAGAAGAGAUAAUAACUUCUUGCGGAAUGGAUGGAGUAGAUGCUGUAGUUGACUCCAUAAAAAGACGAAUAAGCGAGUCCCAACAUCAGAAAGAUAAUGGAAUUACUGGCUGGUGGAGAUUAAGGGAGGCUACUCUAUUUGCUUUAGCUUCUGUGUCCGAGGAAUUGCUUCAAGUGGAGGUUACUUCACCCGAAGUUGGAAGCUUGCUAGAGAAGAUUCUAACUGAUGACAUGGCAACAGGCGUGCAUGAUUACCCCUUUCUUCAUGCCCGGUUAUUCUCAUCUGUUGCAAAACUAUCAUCUGUGAUGAACAACCAAGUAACAGAGCAUUUCUUAUAUGCUGCAAUUAAGACAAUUGGCAUGGAUGUGCCCCCCGCUGUGAAAGUUGGUGCAUGUCGAGCUCUAUCCCAACUUCUUCCUGAUUCUUCCAAAGGAAUUUUCCAAAGCCAUGCGCUGGAUUUAUUGUCAUCACUUGUAGAUCUUCUUAAAAAUGCAACUGAUGAGACUAUGCACCUAGUAUUGGAAACUUUACAAGCAGCAAUUAAAGCUGGUCAUGAAAUUUCAGCCUCAAUAGAGCCAGUUAUCUCUCCUAUUAUCCUUAACAUGUGGGCUUCUUACGUUUCUGAUCCUUUUAUCGGUAUUGAUGCUCUUGAGGUUUUGGAGGCUAUUAAAAAUUCGCCUGGAUGUAUACAUCCUCUGGUAUCUCGAAUUUUACCAUAUGUUGGACCAAUCCUCAGUAACCCGCAACAACAACCGGAAGGUUUAGUUGCUGGUUCUUUGGAUCUUGUUACAAUGUUAGUGAAGAAUGCUCCUAUUGACGUGGUAAAAGCAGCAUAUCAAGUUUCCUUCGAAUCUGUUGUUAGCAUAGUCCUACAAACUAAUGACCACAGUGAGAUGCAGAAUGCAACCCAGUGCUUGGCUGCUCUUGUGGCUGGUGGGAAACAAGAUAUGCUUGCUUGGUGUGGUGAUCCUGGAUUCAUUAUGAAAAGUUUACUUGAUGUAGUCUCAAGGCUUCUAGACCCUGAUUUGGAAAGCUCAGGAUCACUUUUUGUUGGUAGCUAUAUCUUACAACUCAUUUUACAUCUGCCUACCCAAAUGGCUCAUCAUAUUCGAGAUCUCGUGAUCGCACUUGUCAGACGCAUGCAAUCGUCUCAACUUGCAGGACUGAAAAGCUCAUUGCUUCUCAUAUUUGCUAGAUUGGUUCACAUGAGUGCACCUCAUGUAGAACAAUUCAUUGACUUGCUGGUUUCAGUCCCAGCGGAAGGUCAUCGAAAUUCCUUUGUGUAUCUUAUGUGUGAAUGGACCAAGCAACAAGGGGAAGUUCAAGGAUCCUACCAAAUUAAAGUAACAACCACUGCUUUAGCUUUGUUACUCUUGACAAGGCAUACUGAAUUGGGGAAUGUCAACGUUCAAGGCUAUCUGAUCAAGUCUCAGGCAGGAAUAACCACCCGGUCACGAUCUAAGGUUGUGCCAGAUCAAUGGACCGUGAUGCCACUACCUGCUAAGAUUCUGGCUUUAUUGGCGGAUGCUAUAUUGGAAGUUCAAGAACAAGUAGAUGGAGAUGAUGAGGAUAGUGAUUGGGAAGAAGCUCAGAAUGGAGAUGAGAGUGGUGAUGUUAGUAACAAGGAGAAUUUCUUAUAUUCAGCUGCUGCUACAUCACAUAGCAGACCUAGUUAUGAAUAUUUAGAUGCCAUGGCGAAAGUUUUCAAUAAGGACGAAGAAGAUGAUGACGACGAAGAUGAACUUCUUUGUAGUGCUGAUCCCCUAAAUGAGAUUAAUUUGGUUAACUAUCUCGUUGAAUCCUUAGUAAAGUUGGGUGAGAGUGAUAAACCAUACUUCCAGCAUCUUUUUCAGAGUUUAAACAAGCCUCAACAAAAUGCUGUUGGGUUAGUUUUGAGGCAACGAGGAAUAUGAUUAUUGUUCAAGGCUUCAAAAGCUACAUGUAUGCCAGUGUGAAUGAGUGCUUCUUUUUUAUUCGAAAUUUUGAGUGCUGUAUGAAAAUAAUCAAAUAUCGUGGACAACAAUUUUGUGUAUUUUUAUUUUACAUUUUCUUUUUUAAUCUUCUUAGAUGACAAUACAUUACGAAUAUCCUAAUCUGAUACCGUGAUUCAAUUUUUUUUA